UGAGAUACUCUCGUUACAAUGACCAUGAAGCUCGUUUACGUUCUGAUAUUUAUUCCUUUGAUCUCGGCCGAGUUAGAAACUUUGAAUGUUGCUGACAACAGAUUUGCGAGUGCUAAUCUAAAUGGUCUUAUAGAUCGUUCUAUUCAUCAAAUUUCGCAAUUUAUUGUCGAUUAUGGCCUGGACCCCCUCGAUCUCCCACCAACUACGAAAAAAUUGUGGGUGAAUUUUCCACAAACUUCAAAACAUGCCGAACCAAUUCCAUUCAAAGCUGACCUCUCUUUGCACUCUGGAAUAUUGAAACAUUUGUCCAACUUGAAGCGUUAUGGCGACGCUACUAUGAAUUACAAAAAUAAAUUAUUAAAACUGAAUAUUGGCUUCGAAUUUAAACAAUUAGAGGUAAAAAAUUUCUCCAUUCUCUCGUUUCUUUAA